AUGAGCAAGGGGAACGGCGACGGUCGGAGCGCUUCUCUUAACUUCACCAUCGACAAUAUUCUCAAUUUGAGGCCGGGGACGGAUGAUUCCCGGCAAGACGGGCAUGUAAAGGACGCCUAUGAUGAGGUGUGGGACACCCGGAGGCGGUGCGAGGGUGGAUCCCGGGAAACAGCCCUCAGCCACACGUCGGAAGCGCGGCCCUCCGCAGCUGGCGCUGGCUCCAGCAAGAAGAAGACUCGUACCAUUUUUUCCAAGAGGCAGAUCUUCCAGCUGGAGGCCACGUUCGACAUGAAGCGCUACCUGAGCAGCUCAGAGCGAGCGGGCCUGGCCAGCACGCUGCAGCUCACAGAGACGCAGGUGAAGAUCUGGUUCCAAAACCGACGCAAUAAGCUCAAGAGGCAGCUGUCGGCGAAUGACGACGGGCCGGGCUGCGCGCCGGUGCGCAACUUUUACAAAGAGAGUGACUGUCUACUGGGCGGACAUCUGCUUCCGACGGCCUUCCCCGUCUUCUAUCCCAACACCAUCUACUUCUCCAACGCGGCCAAAUGUUUCGGACUUUUCGAUGCAGAUAGAUGAGUAAAUCCGCACCGCGAAAAACGCCGGGAGUCAAUUUCCACUUGGAUGAAGCAAAAUUGCAAAACAUUUGAGUUCUUUUCAAUGCAUGUUGGC